AUGGGAAAGAACAGCUCUGUAUCAUCAAUCCUCUCCUUCUUGCUCAUAAGCUUCAAAACCAUUUCUGUUUCUGCACAACAUCAAACUUGUGACGAAUCUUAUGGGAUGUUCAAACCGAAUAGCUCAUAUGACAAGAACCGUCGUCUCAUCCUCUCUACUCUGGCUUCUAACAUGACGGCUCACGACGGCUACAUCAGGAGUUCUAUCGGGCUUGAUCCCGACAUAGUUUACUUCAUGGGGAUGUGCGCUCCAGAGACUGCACAUAAUGAAUGCUCCAACUGUAUCCAAGACGCAUCCAGGUACAUACAACAGAUCUGUCUGAAUCAGACGGACGCUUUCUCGUGGUUUGGUGAACAGAUUCUUUGCCUUGUUCGCUACUGUAACCGCUCCGUCCCCGGUUUACUAGUCUUGGAGCCGUAUCAAGUGUUGUUCAACAACACGGAAAUAGAAAAAAAUAUCCUGAAGGAAUUUGAAAGUGUAAGAGAUGGGUUAAUGCUUCGUAUGAUCACAAACUCUAGUAGUAAAUAUUAUGCAAAGGAUGUAGCUCCGGUGCCGGUUUACGGCAACAUAUCGGUGUUGAUGCUAUGCACUCCGGAUAUUUCUCCACGAGAUUGUAAAGUUUGCCUGGAGAGCAGCGUUAAUUACUAUAAGAGAUGGUACCCUAGGAAAAGAGGUGUGAUUAUAUUCCGGCCGAGUUGCUUUUUCCGGUGGGAAUUGUAUACUUUCUCCGGUGUUUCCGACCAUACUAACUUACCUUUUUCACCCCGGCCUUCAACGACGCCUUCUAUAGCCAAAGAGACUAAUAUACCCAAAAAAGAUACAAGAUUCUCUGGAGGAAUUAUCGCUGCGAUAGUCAUUGUUAUUUUCGUUUUAGUAAUACUGACUGCUAUAAGCGUAGCUAUUUUCGAGAGGAGAACAGAAAAGCAAGAAAUUGAACUUCCAACGGAAUCUAUUCAAAUUGAUUUAAAGACAAUUGAAGCGGAAUCUAUUCAAUUUGAUCUAAAGACGAUUGAAGUUGCGACAAGCAACUUUUCUGAGCGCAACAAGCUUGGUAAAGGUGGAUUUGGUGAGGUUUACAAGGGUAUGCUCAUGAAUGGAACUGACAUAGCGGUAAAGAGGUUGUCUAAAACAUCAGGACAAGGUGAAGUCGAGUUCAAGAACGAGGUUGUAGUUGUUGCACAGCUUCAGCAUAGAAAUCUUGUUAGGCUUUUGGGGUUCUCGCUCCAGGGAGAAGAGAAAUUACUCGUCUAUGAGUUUGUUCAUAACAAAAGCCUUGAUUAUUUCCUCUUCGACCAUGAUAAGAGAAUCCUGCUGGACUGGACAGUGCGGUGUAACAUCAUCGGUGGGAUAACUCGAGGGAUUUUAUAUCUUCAUCAAGAUUCACGGCUCAAGAUCAUACACCGUGACCUCAAAGCGAGUAAUGUUCUCUUGGAUGAGGAUAUGAAUCCGAAAAUUGCUGAUUUCGGAAUGGCAAGGAUCUUUGGAAUGGACCAAACUGUAGCAAAUACAUCAAGAGUAGUUGGAACCUUCGGUUACAUGCCACCCGAGUAUGUGACACAUGGCCAAUUCUCGACGAAAUCAGAUGUCUACAGCUUUGGAGUAUUGAUUCUUGAGAUCAUUAGUGGCAAAAAGAAUAGCAGCUUCUACCAGAUGGGCGGUUUGGGUAACAACUUAGUGACAUAUGUCUGGAGACUUUGGGAGAACAAAUCAUUGCCUGAGAUCGUAGAUCCAUGUAUCAGAGAAGAUUGUCAAAUUGAUGAAGUCAUUAGACACAUCCAUAUUGGGCUGCUAUGUGUUCAAGAAAAUCCUGAAGAUCGUCCAACAAUGUCGACGAUUCACCAAAUGCUCACAACCAGCUCAAUGACUCUGCCUAUACCUUUGCCACCUGGAUUUUUCUUAAGGAAUGUGUCUAGGUCAAACCCAUUAUCCCAGGGGUUGGAGCCGGGCCAAUCAAGCAGCCUGUCUUUCUCUUGUUCUGUAGAUGAAGCAACAAUCACCGAUGUUAAUCCUCGCUGA